AUGGAGGAUCAAGACAUGGCGCAGCUCGUGCUCAACCUCUGCAUCCCGGAGCUCCGAGAGAAGGUGGUCAGCAACCCAGAGAAGACACCACUUCACACCUUCUUCUGUAGCUAUGAUUUGAGUGACAUUCCUGCUGGAACCAAGACUCAUGUCAAGGUGGAAAGAAAUCUUUCAGCAGAUCUCCCAAGGUCAAUGACAUUCCAGCUCGAGGGGUUCUGCGAACCGCACACUCGCAGUAGGAUUGAGGAAGAGAGAAGAUUUUAUCUUUACAAUGAUAUUAGAGUUGUCUUCCCUCAGAGGCAAUCAGACUCUGACAAAGGCAAUCUGCGUGCUGAGCAUGACUUCCCAGAAAAUCCCAAGUAUUUUGACAUAAGCAACUAA